AGAAACCCUAAACCCCUCAAACCCCUUUUGUUGUCUCCUCCUUGUUACUCCAAAUUCCCCCUCUCUUAAUCCAAAAAACAUUACUUGUUGCAGACUUCAACAUCCUAGAAUUAAGUAGACCACAUUGUACCUUGUUUGUUAAGCUCUCUUUUGAAACCCUUCACUUUCCCUUUUUGACCCAUCAUUGCGUGUGAGCGCAAAGUAGCUUCAUCCAUUGGAUUCUACCUGGUAAAAGCCAUUUACCAGAAGCCCAUAAUGUUGUUGAAGAGCACUUUCCUCCUCUUGUUACUUUUGCAGGCUUUGACAAAUGGAAGCUGUAAAUCCACCAUAGAACCAUGCACAAACUCAGAUUCUUGCAAUGCUCUACUUGGUUACACGCUUUACACAGACCUCCAAGUCUCAGAGGUGGCUUCACUCUUCCAAAUCGACCCUAUAGCUCUUCUCACCGCAAAUGCCAUUGACAUCUCAUACCCUGACGUGGAACACCAUAUCCUCCCUUCAAAACUGUUCCUUAAAAUCCCAAUCUCAUGUUCUUGCGUUGAUGGGAUUCGCAAAUCGGUUUCCACCCAUUAUAAAACGCGUCCUUCUGAUACUCUAUCGUCCAUUGCGGAUUCAGUAUAUGGGGGUUUGGUCUCUGCUGACCAGCUUAGUGAGGCUAAUUCCAUAGCUGACCCUUCAGUGUUGGAAGUUGGCCAGAGCCUUGAAGUUCCUCUUCCUUGCACUUGCUUCAAUGGUUCUGAUAACUCUUUGCCUGCAAUUUACCUAUCCUAUGUUGUUCAACCGGUUGAUACUUUGGCUGCAAUUGCCGCCAGGUAUUUCACUACUCUUACUGAUUUGAUGAAUGUGAAUGCCAUGGGAAGCACAGCUAUCAGUGAUGGUGAUAUCCUUUCUAUUCCAAUACCCGCUUGUGCUUCAAAGUUUCCAAAAUUUGCCUCUGAUUCUGGGUUGCUUGUCCCUAAUGGAAGUUAUGCCAUUACAGCAGGCCACUGUGUGCAGUGUAGCUGUGGACCACGAGACCUGAAUUUGUACUGUAUGCCAGCUUCUCUGGCUGUUUCUUGCUCCAGUAUGCAAUGUAAAAAUAGCAAUCUUAUGCUCGGGAAUGUUACCGUGCAACAGAGUAGUGCGGGUUGCAAUGUUACAUCUUGCAGUUAUGAUGGUAUUGUUAAUGGCACCAUAAUAACAAUGUUGUCCCCAUCUCUUCAGCCUCGAUGUCCAGGGCCACAGGAAUUCCCUCCUCUGAUUGCCCCACCUACAUCUGUUAGGAGGGAGUCAGAAUUUGCACCAGCGCCAUCUCCGCAGUCAGAUGGAGCUGGUCUUGUAACACCCAAGCCAUCACUGGUGCCUGCAUCAGGUCUUCCAGGAUUCUCUCCUGCAAAUGGUCCUAUUAGUGGGAUUUCUUCUGGUGCUUCUGCUGCAUGCUCCUUGGUGAAUCCAUUACCCACUUUGAUGUCUGCACUUGUGUUAUUACUUGUCAAGUUGAUGAUCCCUGUGGCAUUGUAAUCUUCUCAAUUUUGUGGUGGGUUUAGUUCUGUCUUGUUACUUUGUUUGUCAGAGGUGCUCCUAUGUAUUGUAGUUUCUGAUAUUCAUUUGUACUCUCGAACAAAUUUGUGAAUUUGGAAAACUCUGGGAUUUCGGGUUUCAUCAUGAUCUUGGCCUUUUUUUUAAUUUGGUGUUUUACCGUGCUAUCUUGUAGUAAUUCUAGGUAUAAAUCAAUCAUUAUAGAAGCUCUAAGAAGUUGAUAAUGGCAUC